AUGGAGACACGUGAUUAUAUGGUUGGGGAAACGAAGAGAAUCAUCAACAACGUCGCUCAUUUUGAAGACAAGAUAAAGCUUACUGGAUUCAGGGUGUGCAACAAUCAGGAAUACGCGAUUCGAUCCAGUGCAGCAUCUCUGAUGCACACAAACGAUAGGAAGACAAGUGCCUCAUUAAGGCUUAUAUGCCUCCAUGAUAAUAUCGUCUUUUCCCCACCACUUUAUAUUGAUAACAUUUAUCAUCGUCAAAGCAUACCUCACAAAAACAUAAUCGGUUUCUUCCUGGCGCCGAAUUACGAGACGAGGUUGGUGCUUGUGGUACAGGAAGAAUCUACGAGAAAUAUUAACUUGUACGGAAUAGAACUGAGCUCUGUUCGGAAGGCCCACGAAAUCACUUCUCUGUUAGGAGAGACACACUCACCGUCUGUAGGAGAAAGUUCCAACAUUGCGCCAUCUCCAACGUAUUCCGUAUCAAAAAGUGUGAAUUAUUUCGAUCAGUUUCUUCAUGAAAAUUCUUCCAUGAUCAAUAAGUUACAAAAAUCGGACUCCAGUUCUGUGUCGCCAAAGUCCUGGAAUUCUAAAGGCAAAUCGGAUAGGGGUCUCGAGGAACGAAGGAAUAUCUCCUCAACUCCAACAGAUUCACCAAUGCAAAACGGUUUCAAUAGGCAUUCUACGUGGAAUUCACCGAAAUGUGGCAUACGUACUCCAACUAAGUUUCCAGGAAUAAUAAGCAGCGAUAUUGAAUAUGAUUGGGAUGACGUUAUGUCUCCGCUGCGACCGAAGAUUCCGGACGAUAUUGACGAACGUAUAUCAAUAGGAUAUUAUAAUGAUGAUACGGAGUGUGACUACAGUCCAAAAUUAAGUCCGAAAAAAACGGAUCACGAAAGCGAUUCGUCAGUACCGGCUCCACAGAAUGCAUGGAUGGAGAAUAUAACAUACAUUUCUAACCACCCUACGAAAGGAAGCUACGUGACUUCUACUGGAUCGGUAUACAUGUACGUUGCUCAACAAGUGAAUCCGAGAACUGGUAGUUUAUGA